UUUAACAUUUCGUUUUUUGCAUUGCUAGUCCAUCGACUUUUGAAACUAAAUUCAUUUUCACGAGAAAGCCUGGUGUGAUAUUACAUCCGGGAAUACGCAUUCUAUACCAAUGACAAUAUGUUAUAUGACGAGCUCCACCCGCUUUACCCAACUUCGCCCUUGAGUGAACCGUUUGCUUCAUCCCGCUUCGUCAUACACAAUGAUACAUGGUAGGUUUGCUUAUCAAAUAGUGCUUAUCUCAACAUUCCGCCUCCCGCCUCACUGAUGCGCCCAUCCCUUCACAGUUCGCGCUGUGAGACGUAACGACAUUUAAAGUGUUUCGCUCUGACGUCUAAAGACUAGACGUUAGAAUUUUUCGACUUUUCUUUUUAACUACGUCACCAGUACGCCAAUCCGGAAAGGCGUAAAGUACCAUUGCGGUUUUUUGUCACACCAAACAACCUUUUCCGUCUGGAAUUUUUUGCGCUUUGCUUAAUGUGAGUGUUAAACUGGCAAACCCCUGAUCCGGUUUCAACGACAGAACUUCAUUUUUGACGACGAUGAACCGGGAUCGGCCAUUAAAGAUAACAGUUGUCGGCGACGGUACUGUGGGAAAAACUUGCAUUCUCAUUGUAUACUCCAAAGACAUAUUUCCUUCGGAGUACGUUCCAACUAUAUUCGACAAUUUUUCGGACACCAUUGAAAUAGACGGAAACUCGUACAAUGUUUCGCUUUGGGAUACUGCUGGCCAGGAAGACUACGAAAGACUGCGCAUUCUCUCCUAUCCUAAUACUGACGUGUUCCUAUUGUGCUACGCUGUCAACAAUCGAACGUCAUUUAACCACGUCUCCUCCAAAUGGAUCCCAGAACUGAAGCAUCACUGUCCUCAUGCACCCAUCGUCGUUAUUGGAACAAAAGUGGAUGUCCGUAAAGAGGGAUCUACCAACGAAGAUUGUGUUUCGUAUGCCGAAGGUCUCAAGAUGAGCAAGAAAAUUGGUGUUUUCCUCGAAUGCUCCGCCAAAACUGGGGAGAAUGUGAAACUGGUCUUCCAACAGGCCGUUCGGGCAGCUCUGAACAAACCAAAGUCUAAAAUGAGAAGUUGCAGCCUGCUCUAAUCGGAUGAUGUGCAGGCGAGAUAGCAGAUAAAUUCACGCAGAGUUAACCCGUCAAAUAAUAGAUAAAUUUUUUAAUUUCAAAUUUGUCAAUUUUUUGUGGCACCCUUAAUUGAUUUUGCAUUACAGUUGUUGAGAAAAAUCAAG